AUGGGCGACCAAGAAAACCACCCAGCGGAACCCAGUAGCAAUAACGAACCGCUCGAAACAACCCCUUUGUUUCCGACUCCCAAUGCACAGACCAAACCAUAUUCUGCCUUCACGAAGACUCAAAAGCGUCUGAUUGUGGCAACCGCCGCUCUGGCGGCGACAUUUUCGCCAUUGUCUGCCAACAUUUACUUCCCAGCGUUGAACUCUAUUGCCAAAGACUUGAAUGUCAGCCCGUCGCAAAUUAAUUUGACUAUAACAACAUAUAUGAUCUUCCAGGGCCUGGCUCCCACUUUCACUGGGUCAUUCGCCGACCAGGCAGGGCGUCGACCAGCAUAUAUAUUCUGUUUCGCUAUCUAUAUUUCAGGAAAUAUAUGCCUAGCACUCCAGCAUUGGUUCUCCGUGCUACUACUGCUCCGCGCUGUGCAAAGCUGUGGUAGUAGUGGUACUGUUGCCCUUGCUUCCGCUGUGACGGCCGAUAUUGUCACUGCUGCUGAACGUGGCACCUACAUGGGACUGGCAUCACUAAGCAAUAUACUGGCUCCAUCAUUAGGUCCAAUUGCAGGUGGCUUAUUGAGUCAAUACCUAGGCUGGCAGGCCAUAUUUUGGUUUUUAGCCAUCCUUUCCUCUGUGUUCUUCAUCCCGUGGCUUCUUUUCUUCCCAGAAACAUGUCGCAAUGUUGUAGGGGACGGAUCAAUCCCUCCAGGUGGAUGGAAUAGAUCCUUAAUGAACUGUUUGGGAUCGUCCCGAUCGUGUCCCGAUGUGAGACGGGAGAAUUUUAUACUUCAAAGAAGUGACAGGAGAUUUUCCGUCCCCAGCCCAUGGUCCUCGCUAAAAUUAAUUUUUCAAUUACCAGUUGGUGUGGUUUUGCUCGUCAAUGGAUUGGUAUUCGGUAGUUAUUACGCGAUAACGGCUGGAAUUCCCGCGCAUUUUGCGACAACCUACCACCUGAAUGACCUGCAGGUUGGGCUUUGCUACAUUCCUGCUGGACUGGGAUCAUUGUUUAGUGCCACAGUAAAUGGGAAGCUGGUAGAUUGGAACUAUAAACGUUUUCUGGCAACUUCCCAGCAAUUGCCUGAUUCAAGCGAAAGACAUGAUUUGAACGUGUUCCCGAUAGAGCGUGUGCGCCUACAGAUCGGAUUCCCGAUGACUAUUCUUUCUUCCGCCGGGAUUGCUUUAUAUGGAAUCCUGGCUGGACAAAACUCGUCCCUUUGGGUUGUCCUUCUGAUGGUAUUUUUCGUCUGUUUCUGUAUCACGGCUGCUUAUAAUGUUAUGAACGUACUGAUUACAGAUCUGUACUAUGAAACUCCGGCUACAGCCAUGGCAGCAAACAAUCUUGUUCGAUGUUUCAUAGGCGCUGGGGCUGCUGCUAUUAUAAAUCCUUUGAUUGAUAGGCUAGGAAUACAGUGCACGUACUGUAUUGUGUCGGGCGUCGUGAUUACUGCCAGUCCGCUAUUAAUCCUUGUUUAUCGUAAAGGUGAGGACUGGCGUCGAGCACGGUCUGAGCAAUCUAUUUGA